CUGAUUCUUAUUGUGUGCAGCACAGCCUGUUUUUGUUGUGCAACGUGGCUGAGAGGGAACCUAGGAGUAGUGUAUGAAUCCAUGCACAUGUUAGACAUGUCUUAUGUUUGAUUUUAGAAGAAGAAUUGUAGGAAAAUGAGAAAUAUAUGGGAGAAAGAGUAGUGUGAGCUUUAUCACCGAGGACCAAGAGAAGCCAGCAGCAGGGACAAAAAGAGACAGGUGGGAAGAGUGAGGAGCUUUAGUACUGACUGUGGCUGCUGAACGCUGACAGCCAUAGGCCCUACUUGGUCUGUCUGAGUCCGCUAUGCUAUAAGAUGGCAUCCAGCUCUGUGUUCCUGUCCAGUAUGGUGGGUAAAGCUCGCUCGUCCAACUUCACCCUCUCUGAGAAGCUGGACCUGUUGAAGCUGGUCCGUCCUCACAUCCGCAUCCUGGAGGAGCACACCAACAAGCAUGCGGUCAUCGUGGACAAGAACAAGUGCUGGGACACUGUGGCUGAGCAGUACAACGCCUUGGGAGGGGACAGACCCCAUCGCACCGCUCAGGGCCUCAGGACCCUUUACAAGAGACUGAAGGAGUCAGCCAAGCAGGAAGUGAUGCAGCGGAGACACGCCCAGCCAGAGUACAGAGCGAGCAUCUCCGAGCCAACCAGGAGAAUUAUGGAGAUGAUCCCUCACCUGUUCCACCAUGUGCCCAUCCAUGAAAAGGACCAGGCACUACGCAGAUUAAUAUACAACAAGCACAACUCUCCUGUCGAACAUCCUGGCAGCAGCUCCUCCUUGGCCGGACUCCAGGAUUACUCAGCAGCUGUCCCAAGUAUCCCCCAUGAGGUGGUCCAGCUGGACCCUGAAGAGGAUGUGAAACCACCGCCAGACCUCCCCAUCCUCUCCACCACAAACACAGAGCCAGAGCUGGACGGAGGCCAGGAGCGGGAAGCGGAGCAGGACUUGGGCAGCGUCCAUGACUACGAAGCAUCCCUGUCUCCCGCCCCUUCCUCUGUUAACCUCCCCCUCUCCACAUCGCCGCUGCCCUCACGCCACGACCUGUACCCCAACUACAUCUACCCUCACCACGAGCCCGAAAGGUUUCGCCCGCUGCACCUCGCCAAAGAGGAGCACGAGUUGGUGUUGGCCAAUCACAGGAAGGUCGCCAUGUAUCUGGAGGAGAAGCGAGAGGGGCUAAAGAGGAAACAGGACCUGGAGGAGGAACUUCUGAGAGCCAAGAUCAAAGUAGAGAAACUAAGAGCUGCUCGGCUGAGACACGGACUGCCAAUUCCUCUAUAGCGAGCAUGAACACACCCGUCUGUGUCCAGUGUUAGAAAGGGAGAGGAGCUUCGAGUACGUAGAAGAAGCUCAGGAGCAAUCACACUCAUCAGUUUCAUGUUGGAAAGCUGUUUUAGAGCUUGAAUUUUCUUUUGGAAACAUAGUGCCUCGUGCAGACACUUAAAGCCUGUUUGCAUAUUGCAGGAUAAGGCUGACUUGUGUUGCCAUCAGUCUGUAUUUUGCGUGUCCGUGUUAAACUUGUAUCAUCUGUCUUGUAGGUUUUUGACAUAAGCAGUAAGAAAACUUGUAAAUGUUCACAAUACAAACGCUGUGCCAGGUUAAAACAAAGGUUAAAUAAUGUGAAAGAUCAGCUUUUGGAAGGUAAUUUUGGUAAUGGAUAUUCAUGAUAGUGCUUUUCCUGCCUAAAUCUGCCACUAAUAUGCAUCGAUGGGAAUUUUAGCAUCGUGUUAACAGCAUUUACUGUCAUGAUACUGGAGUGAGUCUGCCCCAAACACAUCAGGGCAAAUUUUUAACACUCUGUCCAUUCUUUAUAAAGAAUAUUUCCACUUGAUGUGAUGUGAAGAACUAAAAAGGCAUUUCUUUGUAGCACUUUUAGGUAACCUCACUAGGGGCCUUUAUUCAAAAUUCUGUAGUUUAGAAGUGAAAAAGAAGCACUCCAAACACAAAACAUGUUAAGAAACCAAGGAUUGAAGCACAUAUUAAACUGCCGAAGGCCUUAAACACAAGAUGUAAAUGAUGACAAAUCCUGUUCUGUGAAGUGCUGAUUUUACAUCAAAGUGAGAGAAGUCAGAAACUCUCUGAAUUGCUGAAUUGAUGGCCAGUUACAUGAUCAAAAGAAGGGAGAUGUGGAAUCGGUAUUGCGAUGUUAUUUAAAUGUGUUUAUUAAUGCAGCAUUGAUUGUAUUGUAAUGUUGGUAAAUGAGUGUUGUCAGUUUCUUUUACACUUUGUAUAUAUGUUUACUUGUUUCUAUUA